AUGCAGCUACUUCUACUCUUCGCAUUCCUCGGGCUGGCCUUCGCAGAAACUGGCAUCAAUGGCUGGCUUCGGUAUGCUCCAUUGCCAUCUUCGAUAUCGUGGCCAUCAGUACCCAAGCACAUUGUGGUCCUGAACACCACAAAAACAAGUCCUGUCUACACUGCAGGACAAGAACUGCAGCACGGGAUUCAAAGCAUUCUCGGUCAGAACUGCCGCUUUAACAAUGACAAACCUGACGAGUCUAUCAUCGUUGGCACACUUGACGCCUACGUCGCUACCUAUGGCAACCUUAGUCAACCUUUGGAUCUCAAGGAAGACGGUUUCUGGCUGAGUACGGAGAACGAUUCAGUACAGAUCGUUGGUCAGAACGAAAGAGGUGCUCUUUAUGGAGCGUUUGAGUAUCUGUCUAUGCUGGCACAAGCGAAUUUCUCCUCAGUCGCAUAUGCAUCCAACCCAGACGCACCCAUUCGAUGGGUCAAUCAGUGGGACAACUUGGACGGCAGUAUCGAGCGCGGCUAUGGUGGCGCAUCGAUUUUCUUUGCCAACGGCACAAUUGUCAGUGAUUUGACACGGGUGGCUGAGUACGCACGUCUACUUUCCUCAGUCGGCAUCAAUGCCAUUGUCAUCAACAACGUCAACGCCAACGCAUCGAUCCUCUCGCCAGAGAACAUCGAUGGCGUGGGAAGAAUCGCGGAUACAAUGCGUCCGUAUGGUGUGCAGAUUGGUCUCUCGCUCUACUUUGCCUCUCCCACCUCGGGGGUACAAGGGCAAGCCAACCUCACCACCUUCGAUCCCCUUGACCCCGGAGUCAUUACUUGGUGGAGAAACGUUACUGAUCAGAUAUAUGAACGCAUUCCAGACAUGGCUGGUUACCUUGUCAAGGCCAACUCCGAAGGACAGCCCGGUCCGAUCACAUACAACCGCACACUAGCAGAAGGAGCAAAUCUAUUCGCAAAAGCUCUCCAGCCUCACCGCGGCAAUGUACUUUUCCGUGCUUUUGUCUAUAAUCAGCUGAAUGAAAGUGUCUGGACAGCUGACCGAGCAAACGCUGCUGUCGACUUCUUUAAGCCACUCGAUGGCAAGUUUGAUGACAACGUUGUCGUGCAGAUCAAGUAUGGACCAAUCGAUUUCCAAGUCAGAGAGCCUGCAUCACCGCUAUUUGCCAAUUUGUUCCAUACAAAUACAGCAAUCGAGCUAGAAGUAACUCAGGAGUAUCUUGGCCAGCAGACUCAUUUGGUGUACCUUCCUCCACUUUGGGACACAGUCCUCGGUUUCGACAUGCGCAUUGACAACGAGACAUCGCUGGUUCGAGAUAUCAUAGCUGGCAGAACAUUCAACCGAUCGCUGGGAGGCUAUGCUGCGGUCGUCAAUGUGGGAACCAACCAAACGUGGCUUGGAAGCCAUCUAUCAAUGUCGAACUUCUAUGCGUAUGGUCGGCUUGCUUGGAAUCCUGCCGAAGACACUACCAAGAUUCACGAGGACUGGACGCGCUUGACAUUUGGUCUUGACCAGAAUGUCGUUGACACAAUUACUCACAUGGCCAUAGAGUCCUGGCCGGCGUACGAGAACUACAGUGGCAAUCUCGGGAUUCAAACUCUGACUGACAUCUUGUACACCCACUUUGGACCCAAUCCUCAGUCGCAAGACAACAAUGGCUGGGGUCAAUGGACUCGAGCCGACCACACGACGAUCGGCAUGGACAGGACUGUCUCCAAUGGCACAGGAUACAGCGGAACUUACCCACCCGAGGUCGCAGCAAUGUAUGAGAACAUCGAAACAACACCAGACAAUCUCCUGCUAUGGUUCCACCACGUCAACUAUACUCAGAAGCUCCAUUCGGGCAGGACAGUCAUUCAACACUUCUACGAUGCUCAUUAUGCCGGCGCAGAAACAGCUCAAACAUUUGCUCAGCAAUGGCAGUCGCUGGCAGGCAAGAUUGACAGUCAACGCUUUGAUGAGCAGCUGUAUCGACUCAAGUACCAAGCUGGUCAUUCGCUUGUCUGGAGAGAUGCCAUUGUCAACUUCUACCACAACAUUUCUGGCAUCGCUGAUGAGAAUGGCAGAGUUGGCAGCCAUCCAUAUCGUAUCGAAGCUGAGAGCAUGACCUUGAAUGGCUACAAACCAUAUGCUGUGAGUCCGUUCGAGACAGCAUCGAACUAUUUUGCAGUCGUCACUAGCGACAACAGUACUACUGGUUCUAUAUCAACUGCAUUGCACUUCCCCUCUGGUACAUACGAUGUCGGCGUCAACUUCUAUGAUAUGUAUGGAGGAAUCUCGAAGUAUGAGAUGUCCAUCAACAACAAAACCGUGGCAAGCUGGGCUGGAGACAGUGAACACUAUCUUGGCCACACGCCCUCGAUCUACUUAGAUGGGCAUUCGGCGAGGAGAAUCACAUUCACAAACAUUACCCUAAAGGAGGGUGAUAUGCUAGAGAUCGUUGGUACGCCAGAUCGCAUUGAGCCAGCUCCGUUGGACUAUGUGGUCUUAUUACCAAAGGGAGUUCUCGAUUGA